AUGGAUCUGCUCCUAUCGAAAGUCACCCAGCAGGCGAUGAACUAUGCUAUUCGAUCUGGCAUCACGAUAACUGCUACUUACGCCAUACGGCAGUCUGCAAAACUUCUCAAGAAAGUCGAUGGCGCUGAUCGAGAGGAGCUACGAAUCCUCCAAGAUCGUCUGCAGAGCAAAAUACAAAUUAUAUCCCCUGCUAUUGAUAUGAUUGAACUCAUUGCAGCGCGAGGUAACACUUCCCUCGAGUCUGCCGUCAAUCUUACAAAAGCAUUGAGAUUAGAUAUCCAGAGCCUUGGACAAAAGUUAGCCCAGGUUGUUGGAAACGAAGAAGCUCACGGAAAAGGGGCUUCGACCAAGCGUCGUGCACAGCUGGAUGCAGAAAAGAAGCUCGUAAUAAAGGAGAUACGGUCUCUUUUGGAGCGCAUUGAAGAUGCCGUUCCACUCAUAAAUUUGGCUAUAACGACUUCGGGGGCGAGACUGUCUACAAGCUUGCCUUCUACGGUCUCGCCGUCACGACUCCUUCAGGCUAGUACCUUUCUAACGGCUGGAGACACUCAGUACUCCUUAACUCCAACCCACUCCGUCCAGGUUGGCCCUACUUUCACCUUAUCAAUAUACCUACUCUUUGCCGGCCAUGUCCGGCCAACCGAUGAGGAGGGGAUCCGAGAAACUACCUGGAAAGAGGUUAUACACAAGGCGCGAGUGAAGCUGUGUCGCGUACCUCUAGACGUGGUCCUUGCAGAUCAAUUUGGGACACGGCGUAAUCUCCGAGGCGAGGCUAGGGCGGACGAAUUCGCUUACCAGAUGCUUAUCAUUGAAGACCUUGAUGAUGGCAGAGUCCAUUCGUUCGACGAUGAUGAGCCCAAGCCGGGACCUUUUGAGGGCGUUGCUCAGGCUGGUAUCAGGGACUUUAUACCCAUUCAUCAGAUAUCAAAGAUCUUCUACGCAGAUACGGGGAAGAUUCUAAAUAUCGGGACGGAAGGCGAAGCGAAUAAUCCGGUUCUUCUGUUAAAGCGCGAUGUAAACGCGAUUCUUCCCCGAGGGAUGAUUGAGCGAGAAGAACUUGCAGGGUCUUUUGAUCCGGGAGCGUCUGAUGACGAUGAGCCGGAAGAACAUGAGCCUUAUAAUGAGGAACAAGCCCAGAUUGAUGCGCAGUUGAUGGGAUCCCAGAGCAUCCCAGGGCCACAUGAUCCUGUUCAAUACCAAAAUAAUAUACCUGAACACUGGAGAUUUCCGCCGGCACUUGAUCUAGAGUGGAUGGCCUUGGAAGUUCACCAGGAGGAAACCGAAACGGAUGAUGAGGAUGAGGAACCUGAACCAGCGUCUGAGGCGGCCACCGAGGAAGACAAGCUAGCAGAGAACAUGGCAAAUCUAAGAAUCCCCAGCAAACAAGGCUCACCGUCCUCCCACUCUCCAGAAAGUCAAAUCGUCGUACCCCCCUCCCCUGUCCAACCGACAUCCUCAUCGACGGUUUCUAACCCGCUAUUCAACAACAUCCGAACCUCAUUAUCUCUCUUGGAAACAUUGCUACGACUUACAUCACUCCAACAGUUUCAACAGCAAUCCCAUCUCUCUAUCACAGAUGAACUGCUCACUUUCUUCCUUGAAGAGUCAUCCGCUACAGGUGCAGGUGGUGAUGAACAACAUCGCCAGAGAGUCCGUUCGGAAGCCCGAAGGAAAGUAGGAUGGGACCCAUAUGACGAAAGUCCUCUAAAACCGCGAGGGGAGGACUAUCAGUACCACAAUGAACACGAGUCAGUGGCAAGCAGCCCAUCCAGGCGACGAAUGCAGUCGAUUGACCCAGACGAAGGGUUCGGUGAGGUCUCUCCGCAAAUAAAGAGUAAAACUAUCCCGGUGAACGGUGGAUAUUACGAACAACCACGAGAUAGGCGGCGGAGGGAGCCAUCGCAGCCGCUAUCCCCAUCGAUGUCACCUGUCGAUGGGAGCUAUUCGGAGUCCGCACGUCCUUCGACCCCUUCAUCACCAUCCUUCAGGACGAACCGUGUUGAAGGCGGUAGAAGAGCCGCAGACCUUAGACGACAAAUACCUUCCAGCCGGCCUCACCGAGCUGAUGAUCCAUCACCCAAAAAAUAG